GCCCCGCCCCUCCCCUCUUCCGGGUCUGAGCUAUAAAGCCCCGCCCCCUCCCCGAGACGGCCACGCUCCGGGUGUCCAGCGCGGAGAGCGGUGGCGAUCGCCGGGCCUGCAUCGCGCGCCGCGGGGCAGCGAUCGAAUCCCCGGGCCGCCGACGAUGGAGAAAGUGCCAGCCGCACCCCGGCUACCCCCGCACCAUCCCGGAACGCCAGUGUUGUCCGUGGUGGACAUGCAUACGGGCGGCGAGCCCCUGCGCAUUGUGCUGGCGGGGUGUCCCGAGGUGGCUGGCCCCACGCUGCUGGCCAAGCGGCGUUACAUGCGCCAGCACCUUGACCACGUACGGCGACGGCUCAUGUUCGAGCCUCGGGGGCACCGGGACAUGUACGGGGCUGUGCUGGUGCCCAGCGAGCUGCCGGACGCUCACCUGGGCGUCCUGUUUCUGCACAAUGAGGGCUACAGCUCCAUGUGUGGCCACGCCGUGCUGGCGCUAGGCCGCUUUGCGCUGGACUUCGGGCUGGUCCCAGCGCCCCCGGCUGGCGCCCGGGAGACGCGCGUCAACAUCCACUGCCCCUGCGGGCUGGUGGCCGCCUUCGUGGAGUGUGAGGGCGGCCGUAGCUGUGGCCCCGUGCGCUUCCACAGCGUGCCGGCCUUUGCGCUGGCUACAGAUCUCCCAGUGAAUGUUCCAGGCCAUGGGAAGGUGGUAGUGGACAUUGCUUAUGGGGGUGCAUUUUAUGCAUUUAUUAGUGCUGAGAAGUUAGGACUUGAUGUUUGUUCUGCAAAGACAAGGGACCUUGUGGAUGCAGCCAGUGCGGUGACAGAAGCAGUGAAAGCUCAGGUUAAAAUCAAUCACCCUGAUAGUGAAGAUCUUGCUUUUUUAUAUGGAACAAUACUGACAGAUGGAAAAGAUGCUUUUAGUGAGGAACCAACCACCAAUAUCUGUGUGUUUGCAGAUGAACAGGUUGACAGAAGUCCUACCGGCUCGGGUGUGACAGCCCGAAUUGCUUUACAGUAUCACAAAGGACUUGUAGAACUGAACCAGAUGAGAGCAUUUAAGAGCAGUGCAACUGGCUCAGUAUUCACAGGGAAAGCUGUGAGGGAGGCAAAAUGUGGUGAUUUUAAAGCUGUUAUAGUUGAAGUGUCGGGACAAGCUCAUUACACAGGAACAGCGAGUUUCACAGUGGAAGACACCGACCCACUGAGGGAUGGAUUCCUCCUCAAGUGAUUUACAUGGCUCUGAAGAACUUCCUUUUUAAAGCAGUUAUUACUGGCAGAGUAUGUGAAAGUAUUUUCAUAUCAAGGAGUCAAAUGACAUGUCUUGUCUCAUCAAUUAACCUUGAAGCAACAGCACUCAGUCUCUCUGGCUGUUGUUUUAAGUAUUUAAAUGUGCUCCAAAAAAAAAAAAGGAACAAACACCUCUUGCUGCCUACCUUCUUUAGCUUGUAGUCAUCCCUAUUUCCCUUCCUUUGGGGCUACUCCCAUCUUUCGGUGCUCAGGGGACCAUGCAGUGUUGGGGUGAAACCCAGGGCUUUUGCAUGCAUGAGCAUGAACUAAGCCCCCUUGACUAUCUGGGUCUUUUGUUUUUUGUUUUUUUGCCAGGGAUCAAGCCCAGAGCCUAACAUAUAUAAGAUGGACACUACCUCUGAGCUACAUUCCUGGCCCGAAUAGCAAACCUUCUUAAUCCACCUUUUAAAUUACCCACAUGGGACUGGGCUUUAAGAUUCCCUCCCUGUCCUUCCCCCCAGAAAAUCUAGAAAUACCUCCAUUUAGCUCUAAAACAUCUAAGAAGCCACAUAGUUUCCCAACUAGAGGUAAACGAUAGCUCUAACACAAAAAUCACAGCAACUUGCCUGAGCACGUUUCUUUUUUCUUUCUUUCUUAUUUAUUUAUUUGGCUUUUGGGGUCACAGCUGGUGAUGCACAGGGCUUACUCCUGGCUCUGCACUCAGGUAUUACUCCUGGCGGUGCUCGAGGGACUACCUGGAAUGCCGGGGAUCUAACCUCAGUUGGCCAUGUGCAAGGCAGACGCUCUACCCUCUGCAGUAUUGCUCCAGCCCAAGAGAACAAGUUUCUUUUCUGUGAAGUCCAGCAAAAGGAAACGUCAAACACAGGCAGCUCCUUUCCUGGCUGACCAAUGUGCAUCAAGCACUCAAUCCUCUGCCUGUUCUCCCGUCACCUGCUGAAUAUUUGGCACCCUCCACUUUCCUCCAUGCUUCUUUUACUCUUAUCACUCAAUGCCCUAUUCUCACACAUAUGUACAUGGUUUCUUUCUCUCACUUGCGAUAGCAUAGCGGGUAGGGCAUUUGCCUUGUUCAUGGCCGACCCGGCUUCGAUUCCUCCGUCCCUCUCGGAGAGGCCGGCAAGCUACCGAGAGUGUCUAGUCCGCAUGGCAGAGCCUGGCAAGCUACCGGUGGCAUAUUUGAUAUGCCAAAAACAGUAACAAGUCUCACAAUGGAGACAUUACUGAUGCCCGCUCAAGCAAAUAGAUGAACGGGAUGACAGUGCUUUCUCACUUGUAGAGGCUGACAAUUUCCAGAUUCUAAAUCCUGAGGUCCAGAGCCAUGCUGGAAUCACUACAUAGAAGACAAACCAAGCUCUCUUUCACCAAAAGAAACAAGCCCCACCUCCCAGAUUCCCAAACUUAAUUGGUUAAUGGCCCUACCAGACAGCCAAGCAGGUAGGAAGUUGGGGUGUCUCCUUUUCUCAUUAUUCAUGCCCUUCAUCCUGCCUAUUGAUUAUCCUGUCUGUGGAUCUGGCCAUUUGUUCCUUCCCCCUUUUGUACACAGUAUUUUCCUUUGGCAAACUGCCCAACCUCUGCAUGUAGCCUGCAUGCAGCCUGGCUGGGCUGCUAACGCAAGAACAUACCAAUCUGACUCUCCUCCAGGACCUGUUUAAGUCUGAAAAAAAAAGAACAGAAAAUGACUCAUAAGCUGGUUGUUAAGACUCCCCUUUGUAAUCUGAACUCCCCAGUCCUUCUAGUAAAUUCCUUUUUUCUUUUUUUAAGAGACAGGGCCCUCACUGUUCUUAUUGCUUUUAUCCAAAAAUGUUAUUGCAUAUGUCACCUCCUUUAAUUCUCCACUCCUUCCCUAUAAUGCCUUUAGUCACACUCAUUUCUCCCCUUGGUUAUUAAAAUGCCUUUUAACUUUUCACCCAGUUUCCAAAUUCUCCUAUGUCAUCCUAAAGUACUUUGUGUAUCUAGCAAUUUUCUAGUGUGGUGAGAGCCAGUAAGGAAGCCAGUGGUAAGAGCUAUAUAAAAAGGCAAAGAGAAAAUGGUUGUGUUGAGAUUAAGGUGCUUUUCACAGCAAGGGAAGAUGCUACAUAGAAAGAUAAGAAGGUUGGGAUCAGAGUUAUAGUUUUUGAAGCCCUAAGUUGUAAGGUGAGAGUCUAAAAGGAGACAAGAACCAGGCUUUGAUGGACUCCAGCAGAUGGUGCAUGAGUGUGUGUGUGUGUGUUUGUGUGUGUGUGUGCGCGCGCGUGCGCACGCGAGAACAGGGAUGUGACACAAGUGGUGUAGCACUAGCAUUGCAUGUGGGAAGCCUGAGUUCUAACACCAGCACUGUGUGGCCUGUGAGCACCACCAUAUUCACAGAAAUAAUAAAAUUGAAACAAUAAAGUCAGAUGGAAGAAUUCAGAGGACAAUCAGGCAAAUAAGGAAGUGGGAAGGAGGAAAUCCAGGAGCAUGUGAAGUCACUCUGGUCUGUCUGAACCAUAUCUAAACAAGGCCCUCUUUGUUUAAACUUUAUUUGUGGCUGAUGCCUUCACCCCAUUAUCCCUCCUAGUAAAUUCCUUGUUGUUGAAGCUCACUCAAUAGAGCAUGAAUUUCAGGCUUUUAUAAAAGUUAAAAAAAAAAAACCAAAAUAAAGAACAACAACAAAAGCCUUGAAAAAAGUCAUGUAUUUCCCUCUUCAUUCCCUGCAUUCAUUUAUUCUAGGGGAAUUUUUUUUUUUUUUCACCAGUACCCAAGUCAAGAACUUAAACACCAACCUUCAGAUUUUGCACAAGUCAAAUGAGCCUUUCUUCUUUUCCUGGAGAAUCCAGUAUCACAUUGAGUGGUCUCAAUCAGCUACCCUAGGAAGUCAGAGCCAUAAAUUUUCACUCUGAUGUUCUUAAACAAUACAGAUGCUAUUGUAACACAUUUGUGUUA